UUUGGAACGCGCCGGUGCCGCUCGUCGAUCCGCCGCUGGGUUUGCUCCGCGCCGGCUCCCUCUGUCCGCGCUGCUGCUCUGGUGCCUCGCCGUGUCCGGGGUUGUGUGGAGCGGGGAGGGGGAUUCUGCUUUCGUUUUUGCGACGUUAAGUGAAAGGGGGGAAAAAAGGAAAAAAAAAAAACCAAAAACAAACCCGAACAACAAAACCAAAACACAUCGAAAGCCAAAUGUGCCGCUCGCCGGCUCCGUGCAAAGCCGCGGCGCACGUGUUGCGGGCGGGGGCGGCCCCGCGGCCCCGGGAUGCAGGUAGAGGCUGCGGGACCGCCCGGGACGUGCCGAGCGCGGGGAGCCCCGGGGAGCCGUGGCUCCUGCUGCCCUUCGCGCCGGACCCGGAGACAGUCCUGGUCCCGGUGCCGCCGCGGGACGCGCCGUGGAGCAGCGAACGGCGGCAGCGCAUCAGGUCGGUACCGCGCCCCUCCGCGCCCCUCCACCUCCCGGCCCCGCCGCCGCUGCCGCCGCCCGUCUCUUGCAGGGCCCUGCCCGGAGGCCGUUCCGCACCUCGCCCCGUGGCGACCCGGCUCCGACACCCGCCGCGCCGCCGUGGUGGGCCGGGGGGCGGCCCUGCGCCUCGAGAGCUCCGCCGCCUUCCACUCCCUCGUCAUCCGCGACGGAGGGAUGCUCGUGUUCGCCGACCGCCCCCACGGGCCGCCCAUCACCCUGCGGGCCCGCUACAUCCUCAUCCACGACGGCGGGGAGCUGCAUAUCGGCUCGGAGCGCUGCCCCUACGGGUCGCGGGCCACCAUCUCACUGUACGGGCGAGCCGCCGAGGGGGCGGCCGUGGAAGGCUUCGGGCAGAAGUUCGUGGGCGUGGGUCCCGGCGGCGUCCUGGAGCUGCACGGCCGGCGCCCCCGCUCCUGGACACUCCUGGACAAGACGCUGCACCCCGGCGGGCUCCGGCACGGCCCCUACUUCUCCGAGAGGCGGUGGGGCAGCCGCGGGCUCAACCUCCGCGUCCUGGACGGCGGCACGGCGCGGGUGCUGGCGGCGGGGCGCUUCGACACCCACCUGCGGCCGGGCGAGGGCCAGCGGCUGCGAGCCUUCCUGGCCCGGCAGCCCCCCGGCAGCGUGGUGGCGGCGGCCGUGGGGGACUCUGCCGCCCGCAGCCUCACGCCGCAGACGCGGCUGCUACUGCGGGACCGCCUGGGCAGCAGGUUCAUCGCCCGCCUGGGAUACAGGCAGCCCUGGGCGUUGGUGGGGAUCCUUGGAGGGGAUCAGCUCUCCACAGCAGAAGAUAAGCGGGAGUAUCACGGAAAUGGAACAACGGGGUUAGCCAUAGCCCAAAGAGAUUUCCUCACCUACGACGGCACCCGUUUCACUGUUACUGCUUUCAGUGGGUGGAUAAAAGGGGUGCCUCAUAAUGGCUUUAAAGUGGAAGUGACCAAAGGAAUAAUUAUUCAUCUGGUGGAUGAGGUUACAAGCUGGCUACCUGGUGACCGUAUCGUCAUUGCCAGUACAGACUAUUCUAUGCAUCAGGCUGAAGAGUUUAAUCUCCUUCCUUGCCCUGAAUGUAAAAGUAAUCAAGUGAAAAUUGAUGGCAGCCCACUUUAUCUUCACAUUGGAGAAAUCAUAGAUGGCGUUGACAUGAGGGCAGAGGUUGGUCUUCUGACUAGAAAUAUACUUAUUCAAGGAGAAAUGGAAGACUCCUGUUAUGGACAAAACCAAUGCCAGUUUUUCUCUUUUGAUACAUUUGGAGGACACAUUAAAAUCCUAAGGAAUUUCAGCUCUGUUCACAUGUCAGGAGUGGAAUUAAAAAACAUGGGGCAGCAAAUCCUGGGCAGUUACCCUGUGCAUUUUCACCUGGCUGAGGAUGUGGAUGAGAGAGGGGGAUAUGGACGCCCAACGUACCUCGAUAACCUGGCUAUCCACCACUGCUUCUCUAGGUGUGUUGCCAUACAUGGAACUCAUGGCCUUCUGGUAAAAGACACCAUUGGCUAUGACACCCUGGGGCACUGUUUCUUCCUGGAAGAUGGGACGGAGCAGCGCAACACCUUUUAUCACAACCUGGGCCUCCUCACCAGGCCAGGGACGAUCCUGCCCUCGGAUCGCAGCGAGGUCAUGUGCCUUGCCAUCCGCAGCCACGUCCAUGGGAAUUACAUUCCUGUGCCAAGCACUGACUGCAUGGCUGUCAGCACGUUCUGGAUUGCAAAUCCAAACAACAAUUUAAUAGAGAAUGCAGCGGCUGGUGCUCAGGAUGUUGGGAUAUGGUACAUCUUCCACCGGGUUCCCACCGGGCAGUCUGAGGGGCGAUAUCCAGAGGGACAGGCUGAACAUACCCCCUUGGGAGUGUUUUACAACAACAGAGUCCACUCCAAUUUCAAGGCUGGUUUGUUUAUUGGAAAAGGAGUAAAGACAACAAGAGCCAACCCUGAAGAUCCCAGAGAGUAUCUCACUGUCGAUAAUGCCAGGUUUCGCCCACAUCAAGAUGCUGAUCCUGAAAAACCACGAGUUCCUGCUGUGAUUGAUGGUCUUAUUGCUUUUAAAAAUAAUGACCACGGUGCCUGGGCCAGGGGCGGUGACAUUAUUUUCCGCAACUCAGGGUUUUCAGACAAUGGAAUUGGACUCACUCUGGCAAGUGAUGGGACUUUCCCAACAGAUGAAGGCUCCAGCCUGGAGGUUACACACUCAAUUUUUGUUGGAGAAAGCAGCAACUUUGGCUCCCAGGGAGGCCAAAACAGCUACUGGGGAAAAGGGGCAAAUGGAGAAUACAGAACACUGCCCAGAAACAAGACAUUCCCUAUUCGUGGAUUCCAGAUUUAUGAUGGGCCUGUCAGGGUGGCAAGAUGCACCUUCAAGAAGUUCACCCCAACUGUUGACAGACACUCAAGUGCCAUUGGGUUCUUCAUGAAAAACUCCUGGCAGAUAAGCCCCCAGAACAAUGUGUCACAGAUCCUGAUGGAGAAAAGUGUGGGACUGAAGGUGUUUUUUGGCAGACCGGGCCAGUGGUUUGGAAACAAUGACAAUGACGGUGACAAAAUGUCAAUCUUCCAUGACCUGGAUGGCUCGGUGACAGGGUACCCAGACACCUUCGUAGGCAGAGCGGACAACUACCUGCUGCGUCAUCCCGGCUGUCUCACUGUCCCACGCUGGAAUGGGGUGAUGUGUCCAGGGAAAUUCGCACAGCUUUAUAUCCAGGCCAGACGCCCCGAGAACCUGACCUUGUCCAUUGCCAGAGCAGCCUACCCUUCCCAUCCUGUGAGGCUGCAGGGCGUGAACAGAGGAGCACCGUACCAGCAGUACCAGCCUGUCGUCAUGCUCGAGCAGGAUUACGUCAUCCAGUGGGAUGGCAGAGCACCUGAGGAUGUUAUCCUGUACCCCAUCAACUUCAACAGAGGAGACUGGCUGCGUGUCGCCCUCUGCUACCCCAGGGGAGCCGUUUUCCAGGUGGUGGGAGAUAUCUACCAGCGACGGACGGGGACGGUGCACAGCGUCCAGCACUACCUUGCUGCUCCUUCCAUCGCUCUCAACAGAACUCGUGAGCGGCUCUUCUACUUCGACAGAGCAUCAGGGUACCUGUUUGUUCACCUGCAAGCCCACGCAGCUCGGGAAGGACACAGUUACUGCUCUCAGCAAGGCUGUGAACGUAUCAAAAUCACGGCGCACAUGAGCCCGGGGGACUCCCGGAGCUGUGACCCCAACCCCUUCCCUGAGAGGCCAGUGGCUGCCCAGCAUCUCAUGUCCCAGAGCCCAGCCGGGCUGUGCAGGGCGUGUGGAGCCCCACAGGUUGCCAUCACCAGCACACCCUCAGUCGAGUAUAUAAGGGUCCAGAUCCAAUCUCUCAGCAGGGUGGACACGCAAAACCACUUGACAUCUGCGUUCAUUAAGAUAAAUGGCACAGUGUUCCUGUUCAAUAGCAGUGGGAUAUUCUUCCUAGUGCUGGAUGCAUGUUCAGGAGCAGUUGUGAGUAGGUGGCACCUUGACACAGCUACCAGUGAAAACGCUGCCCGUGCGAUAACUGAUUACGUUCACACAUCCAUAAAAGAGAGAUCACUUGUUCUUGUGUGCUCUAGAAGUGUCACAGACGUGGUGGGCAGCUCUGAAAUGUCUGUUUUUACCAGGUUAGGUUCAGCAAAGCCUAUUGUCUUCCACAAGGGAGGGAGUUUUGCCAUGCUUGGCUAUAAAGGACAAGCCAAGCCCUCCUGGAUUAAAGUCCUUAAUCAUGCUGGUUAUCAGAAAGCUGCUUCUCUACAGCAUUAUGUUCCUUUGAAGCUGAAAGAGUAUCAAUGUCCAGCUGAUGCUGAUAAGUCACUAAGGUUUGCUUUUUCUCAGAGCCGCUCAGAGCACACCCCUGCAAAGGCUGUGGCACCCCGGGGUUAGCACUGCUGGGGAGCACCAGCCAUGCAGAGCCCACCACCCUCACCAAAACCUGCUCCUGUCCUUACGAGGCUGUACCAAACCAAUGGUGUGCACCUGUAUAUUUUAUAACUAAUAAAUAUAUUCUCAUUCUCUGUGGUAGAGCUUUAUUUCAAAACCGGAGCGUCACAGGGCAGAACAGGAGCACCCUGUAGGGGGAGAAGUGUUUCAAUAUGUCUGUGAUAUAUUUCAAUAUAUUUGGUGUCAAAAGGUAAGUUUUAAAGAGCCUGUUUUCCAGUAACCCCAGGACUGGAAGUGGAAUUUGGCGUGGAAAUUUUAGCAGUAUCCAGGGAAAAAGAUGAACUUCAGCAGAGGUAGGGAAUUUCUCCCUUCAGUCCUGUUUUUGCUUCAUUAAUGUCUGCUUUUAAAAAAACCAAAGUGUCCAUCUGCCAUGGUAUCUUAUCUGAACUCAACAACUUGCUUGGUCAGUGUGCAGUGAUCUUACAACAGUGUUUUUUAAUUGAACUGGAUGCAUAGGAUGCAACAAGGAGUUAUAAAUAUGUUUCUGUCUGAAGCUAAUGACUAGUGAAAUGAUGUUUGUUCAACUGAUGUGAACAUUUAAUUAAAGACCUAUGAAGUAUGAGCUGCUUAGGGUAAAGUCUUGCGUUCCUUUCAGGCAAUGCUCGUAUUGACUUUCUGCUCUCAUUGAGGUCUGAAAUACCACCAGCAGGAGUGGCUAAUUCUCUUUGCUUUUUUAUGUGCUGCUGGUUGAAGUAAAGACAAAACCAGAGCUUUGUAUGCAAAGUGAGAAACAACCGAUUAUCUCACUGACUACAGUUAAGCUCACUGACUACAGUUACCCCAAAAUGGUGACAGACUCACUUGGGUUUAAAGAUGACAUUACUUGGUGACAGCAGUGAAGGGACAGGUGAUUUCAGACUAUCCCUGUCUUCUGCUCAUGGCUUACUCAAACAGGUAGGUGUAACAGCUUUGUAAUUAACGUCCCGUUGUUUCUCUGGAAUUCUCAGAAAUGGCCAAACAAGUUGCUACAGGGAAAGGUUAGUGUUUUGUUGGCCAGACUUUUGCUCCCUGGUGAGUUAGUUGCUCUGGCAUCCACACACCGGCCAGCUGAUUUUGUGUUCGCCUUGGCUGGGAUGCUUGACUCCUCCAGACAUAAACCACCCGUGGUCCUUGGACAAUGGGGUGAGAGGACAUCUGAAAGGUUUGUGGGCAGUGAAGGAGACCGUGGCUCCAUCCCUACACCAGGUAGGAGAGGUGCGGCUCGGGUUUGCCCAGGGGAGAGGUCGUGGCUUGCUAGAAAGUGUGAAGAAAUCACUGAUACUACUCGGUACAGGUAAGACAAAGUGUGAUGCACGGGACAUCCUGGGGAUGAGGAUUGGUACAAUAGCCUGAGUAGCUGGGACUGACCCUCUAAGGAGCUCCCUGAAGUCCUUUUGAGUUCCUAUUGGUACCUAAUUGUUAUGAUUUCUGAGGCUGUACAGGAGAAGAAAGGCAAGAUAUUUUUGGCUCGUGAGCAUAAGCCCAGCAUUGGAACAAGUACUUACAGAGCAAGAUUUUAGCUUCUUGGAGAUUUAUUUGAUAAUCUGUGACAUGUCCAGACCCUGGAUCCCAAUAAAACUUUGCAGAGUUCUAACCCCAGGCUGAGACUAAACAAUUGGCAAAGGAAGAGCCUGGUGAAGGAAGGAGAGGAAUGUGCCUAAACCUCUGAAAAAUUUCUAUUCCUCCUCCCGCCCCAGAAGGAGAGCAAAUGGCAAAUGUCCUGGAGAGGAAGGCGUGGAGUUGUGGCGAGCCAGAUGCAAACAGUGAAGUACCACAAAAGCAAAAAGAAAAAUAUUUACAUCCUGAUGCAGUUAUUCGGGUAGUUAAAAGCAGCAGUUUGAAGAGGAUUCAGGAUGCUGUGAUCCUCUUCAGCCACUGCACACACUUUCCUUACCUGGGAGGGAAAAAAGCCUUCAAACCAGGGACGCUCUGCAGAGGGUACAAUUCCUCCAGGGACCCUUGGGACAUCACAUUCAAGACGAUGUUUUCAAAGGCUGCUGCUAACUUGGCAUGCAUCAGGAGCCUGUGUGUGUGAAGCUGUGAGGUAAGUGUUGCACGGGCAUUGUGUUAGUAGGAAGCUGCUGAAUUCCUCCUGGGGAUUUCCCGAGCGGGAGGAUCCCCACUCUGGUGCUGGAGUCCGUAUGGACUGUGCCUGUCCUCGUGGACUUGCAGCUGAUCCAGGCAUGUUCAACACAUCUAAGGCAUUCAGGGUAUACAGCUGUUCUGGUUAUCCCCAGAGUGUUUCUGCAGUGGGAACACACAUGGUCUGGCACUCCCAGGAAGCACGAGCUUGGCUAUACACUGAAUGUCUGUCAGCAGGCACAGCAGAGUCAGUGCACCCUGAACCUCAGCAAGCAGGGCUCAGCUUCCCAACACUUUGCUGCUUUGAAAACUUCAUGCAGUGGAUGAGGGUUUAAUUCAGUGAAAUGCUGAAAUUCUGAGCACUUCGAAAGCUUGAGAAACUGGGAGUCAGUCAGCCUCGGAUGGGUGGAGUGAUUUUGUUUUAGUGAAGCCAAAAUUUCCUUUUCAAGGUCUGUAAGCCUCUAAAAAAAAAGAAAAAAGGAAAAAAAAAAAGGAGUACUUCUGAAUAAAAGCACAGCUUUAAAAUAACUCUUCCCCCUUUAUUUCUGUCUCAAAAUAGUGUGCCAAUGUUGCAACAAAUAAGCAAACACCUUAGCUUUCUUUAAUGUAUUAAUUGUAAAAAUUUCCUCUAUCUCCUGCUUCUAAUUCAGAAUCUAUUUUUAUGGGCAUCAGGAAUCAAGGAAUUUACAGUGAUAUUUAUAAACAGAAUAUAUGAGCAGAACCUUCUUUCUUGUUGGGAAAGACAUUAGAUGAAUUUGUAAGAAACCAAGGUUCACUGGAAAAACAGUCAAAGUGCUGCUUUUGACUCCAGUAUUGAUUCACUGAGAAUUAAAGUCUGUUCCUGAGUUUAAUCCUCCUCUUCUUGCUAGUAAAAAUGAGCAGCUGAUGUGUGGGUGGCAAGCAUGAGAGCAAGAUGUGGAGCAGAGGUAGCUACACUGACGCCACGGGUUGGGACUGAAAAGCAUUUUCAUUAGUGACCCCCAGAAAUGCGUGUGUUUAUUUUCUGAAGGUUUUAGCUGUGCCUCUGGCUGGGUGUGCGAAAGCUCCCCCUGCAUAGGAAUGUCACUGUAGCAAGUGCUGGCACGUCCUCGGAUCAGAAAGGCAAAUGUGCACCUCAAAUCUAUCUUCCCAGCUGGGGCUAAAAUGCAAAAUUCCACGAGCAGGGCAAGAGGACCACGCAAUGUCAGCAAAAAGGGAGCAGAGGUGCUAAUUAAACAGCUCCUCCCUCUCUCAGGAUCAGCUUCCAAAUCGAUGUUGGCAUCCUUGCAUAUGCAUGAGGAAACAUGCAGCAAGGCUUCAGACCUAGCUAUCAAACCACUGCACCCUCAGCAUUAGCAAUGGCUGUGAGAGGGUCCAGGU